AAAGUUUUUUGACAGUGUGAAACAAUUGACAUUAAUUAAGUACUACUCCAUGGGUUGCAACAAAGAAUUCUGUAAAGAUUAUUUGGAAUUGAAGGCAGAAGAAGCUAGUUGUUAUGAUUUAUUUAGGAUAUUUUAUUCAUGUGAAUUAGAAAAAAAGAAAUUUCUGGAUGCUCCUGAAGGAACAGACAAGAUACGAGGUAUUCAACGACGAUGGAUCGUUUUUGUUUCUGUCUCUAUGCAGAGAUUCUUACUUUCUGUGAGAAAGCCAAUGAACAUUAUAGGUUCUAAAGUUGAGCUCUUGUUGAAUUAUCCUUCAUGUAAUGGUGGUCUUCUCAAGCUUUUCUUCAACAUAAUCCUAGGAGAGGUAAUAAGACCGGAUAUGAAAUCGGAGAAUUUUAUGUCGAUGAUCGGACAACUUGAUUGGAGGGUUGACUUAGACAAGACUAAAAAUGUGGGUGACAACUACUAUGGUCCUUCACUAGCUAUUAUGGCUGCUAAAUUAUCCUAUGAAAAUGAAGCCUUCACCAAGAAAGUUAUCACACAUAAUUGGCAGAUGGACUUCAUAAAAUUUUACAGCUUUUGGAAUGCUUACCAGGAAGUAAACACCACACAAGCCAUUAUGUUCCAAGACAAAGUUGAAGAUUCAAACCUAGUUGUGGUGGCAUUUAGAGGGACCAUCCCAUACAAUGCAGACCACUGGAUCACAGAUGUGGACCUUUCAUGGUAUGAGCUUGAAGGUGUAGGUAAGCUACAUGCUGGAUUUAUGAAAGCAUUGGGCUUACAAAAGAACAAAGGAUGGCCCAAAGAAAUUGAUGAAAGCCCAGACCAAAAACUAUUUGCAUAUUAUCAAAUUAGAAAAGAACUGAAAAUGAUACUGAGCAAAAAUGAGAAGGCAAAGUUUAUAUUGACAGGACAUAGUUUAGGAGGAGCAUUAGCAAUUUUAUUUGCAGCUAUAUUGACUUUGCAUGAAGAGGAAUGGCUGUUGGAUAGAUUAGAAGGAGUUUACACAUUUGGACAGCCUAGAGUUGGGGAUCCACAAUUUGGGAACUUCAUGAAGGAUAAGUUCAGUAAGUAUGAUGUUAAGUAUUAUAGACAUGUUUAUUCAAAUGACAUGGUUCCUAGGUUGCCAUAUGAUGAUACAACCUUUUUCAAGCAUUUUGGAUCAUGUCUCUACUAUAACAGCUUCUAUAAUGGCAAGGUGGUGGAGGAAGAACCAAACAAGAACUACUUCUCUGUGCUGUGGUUUUUUCCCAUGUUGCUGAUUGCAGUGUAUGAGUUUAUUAGGGGGUUCAUCCUCCCUUGGACAAAAGGCAGUCAUUACAGAGAAGACUGGUUCCAGACAAUGUUUAGGAUGGUAGGGUUGGUGAUUCCAGGGUUAUCAGCUCAUACUACUAUGGAUUAUGUUAAUCUAACUCGAUUGGGAUCAAUACUUCACCUUCCAAAAUCAGCUCAUCAAGAUCAAGAUCGUCAUAAAGACGAUUGAUUUUCAAGAUUUGGAGUCAUUUUGAAGUGAGAAGAAUAAAAUUAUCCCAACCUAUUGUAAAAUAAACUCUACAGUUUUGAAUAUUUUAUUAUUAUUUUGUAUCGUAUUGGCUUGAGAUGAGUUUGUAUUGUGUAAUAUGAUCAAUGAGGAUUCAUAUAACCAA